UUAGAUUCAACAGCUCAGACGGGGAAUGCAAGUGGUGGAGAUUGGCAGGAGGAGGUUUAUCAAAAGAUUAAAUCCAUGAAGGACAUGUAUUUCCUGGAAUUAAAUGACAUGUACAUGAAAAUUGCUGGAAAGCUGCAACAGCAUGAUUCUCUUCCUCAACAACCGAGAAAUGAGCAGAUUGAAAAGCUCAAAUUCUUUAAGCUCAUGCUGGAACGCCUAAUAGGAUUCUUGCGAUGUACCAAGAAUGACAUUCAGAUCAGUCACAAGGAGAAGUUGGCUUCCAUUGAAAAACAGAUAAUCAAUAUUCUUUCUACAAAUCGGCCCCGGAGGCCCGUUUCUUUGCAACAAGUGCAACUUGCCCAACAGCAAAUGUCCAACAUGCAGCACUCUCAGCCUCAGACUCAAAUUCCUCAAAUGCAGCCCCAGGAAAAUCAAAUGAACCAACAGAUGCAGCCAAUGAAUGUACAGAGUUCCAUAACACCAAUGCAGCCAAAUAGCUUGACCAGCCUGCAACAGAACACAUUGUCCUCUGUGCCACCAGUUUCGAAUUUGCAACAGAAUCUGAUGAGUACCCUACAGCCUGCUUCGACUUUGGACCCAGGACAAAGUAAUACUCACCCGUUGCAGCAGGUAGCUAUAAGCUCUUUACAGCAGAAUACUGCCAGUGGUCCUCAAACAAUGAACAUAAAUUCUUUAUCAUCGCAAAGUGGCAUGACUGCGCUGCAAUCAAACCUCAUUAAUGCUCUACAGCCUAAUUCGACUAUGAUUCAUAACCAGCAGCUAAAACAACAGGAGCAGCAAAUGUUGCAAACCCAGCAAUUGAAACAACAAUUGCAUCCCCGUCAGCUGCAGCAGCAGCUUUUGCAAAGACAACAGCUAAUGCAACAACAGCAGCAGCAACAACAACAGCAGCUGCAGCAGCAACCACAACAGCACCAACAAAUGAAGCCACAGCAGCAGCCUUCACAGCUGCCUGGACACCAAAUGUCACCACUACAUCAGGUAACUGAUUCAAGUGACUUGAAGGUGAGACCGCAGAUAAGUGUUAAAACAGGUGUUUUCCAGCAACACCAUACCAACAGCCAGCGAGCGGCGUAUCAUCACCAACAGUUGAAGUCGGGAAGCCCAUUUCCUAUUUCUUCACCACAAGUCCUUCAGGCAGCAUCGCCUCAGGUUCCCCCGCAUGCUUCCCCUCAAAUUGAUCAGCAGAGUAUGCAGACGUCUAUAGCAAAAACUGGAACUCCACUGCAGGCUGCAAAUUCACCCUUUGUGGUCCCAUCUCCUUCGACUCCCUUGGCUCCAUCACCUAUGCCUAGCGAGUCAGAAAAACUAAAUUCUGGCAUUUCAUCCCUCUCAAAUGCUGGAAAUAUUGGACCCUCGCAUGCAACUACUGUGUCUGCAGCAGCCCAAUCACUAGCAAUUGGCACUCCUGGGAUAUCAGCUUCGCCAUUGCUUGCGGAAUUUACGAGUUUGGAUGGAGCUCAUGUCAACACAUCAACUGCAUUGCCCUGCAAGCCACAUACUGUAGAGAAGCCACAUGAACGGUUGAUUAAAGCGGUACAAUCAAUUUCAAAUAAAGCAUUGGUUGCCUCCGUUGAUGAUAUAAGCUCAGUUGUCAGUAUGGUUGAUAGGAUAGCUGGAUCUGCACCAGGCAAUGGAUCAAGAGCUGCUGUUGGUGAGGAUUUGGUCGCAAUGACAAAAUGUCGCUUGCAAGCAAGAAACUUUUUCACACAAGAUGGACCGACUGGAACAAAGAAAAUGAGGCGCUCUACGAGUGCAAUGCCUUCCAAUGUUGUUUCAUCUGUUGGUAGUGUGAAUGACAGUAUGAGGCAGUUAAACAGUUCUGAUGCCUUUGAAUUGGAAUCCACAGCUACAUCAAGUAUCAGAAGGCCAAGGAAUGAGGCCAACCAUGCCCUUGUGGAAGAGAUACAUGAGAUAAAUCGACACCUCAUAGAUACUGUGGUUGAUAUCAGCGAUGAAGAUGUUGAUCCAAUUGCAGUAGCUGCAGCUGAUGGUGGUGAAGGGACCAUUGUCAAGUGCUCUUUCAGUGCUGUAGCUCUUAGCCCAAACCUGAAAUCACAGUAUGCUUCAGCACGGAUGUCACCAAUUCAGCCUCUGCGAUUGCUCAUUCCAACUAAUUAUCCUGAUUCCUCUCCUAUACUCUUGGACAAGUAUCCUGUUGAAGUUAGUAAAGAGUAUGAAGAUCUUUCUAUUAAAGCCAGGUCCAAGUUCAGUAUAUCACUGAGAAGUCUUUCACAGCCUAUGUCACUUUCGGAGAUGGCAAGGACGUGGGACAUUUGUGCUCGUGCAGUUAUUUCAGAAUUUGCACAACAAAGUGGUGGAGGAACUUUCAGCUCAAAAUAUGGGACUUGGGAGAACUGUGUGAGUGCAGUUUAGUGAUCAGCGGUAUUUCAAGUGGAACUACAGGAAUUAGAAUGAUAAUGAUUUGGACAAUCGUACUUUCAGCUGUUUCUUUUCAAUGAAGUUUGCAUUGAUCAUGAUUGUUUAUAGCUUCUCAAUGAAGGUUGUAGAACCCAAUGGCAGUAGAGAUACAAAACCAUCUAGUAUACAAUUGGGAAGGUAAAACUUUGUACUGCAUGUGAGUAUUCUGAGUGUCAGUUGAGUAAUUAUUCUAAAUAGUGCUAAAUGCUGAAUUUAUUGCGAAGUGUGUCACAAUUUCAUUGUUUUGUA